UUCCACAAUUAUUCAGUAGGUGGCAGUUAAAAGCCUAGAUGAGCUUUGCAGUCGCCAUUUGGGCAGUAGCACCAGCAGAGGCUGGAGUCAGUCCGCUCGUACAAUCAAAGAGAGGCUGCGGUGAAGCCAACGGAAGCAUAAGGCACGUCCGGAGCCCUGGGAGCAGACGCGAAAGGAGCGGAGUCUCAGAGCGCCGAAAGAGUCCGAGCGCACGGCUGGCAGAAGCCACUGCAGGCUGCAAGGGGAAAGACGCGACAGAGCUGCAGCCCCCUUGGUUGAGACAGGGACUCCUUCCUCGUGGGGGAAACCCCGGGCAGAGAGGGUGAAGAGCGGGUGCGAUGACAGUCAGAAACUGAAGAGCAAAUAUUUGGAGCUUUCCACUCCUAUACAGAUUUCUCCCUCUAACUGAGUGACUGACAUACCAACAAACAUGCCUGAGCAAAGCAAUGAUUACAGGGUUGUUGUGUUUGGAGCUGGAGGAGUGGGCAAAAGUUCUUUGGUCUUGAGAUUUGUGAAGGGCACUUUCAGAGAAAGCUACAUCCCUACUAUUGAAGACACCUAUCGGCAGGUGAUCAGCUGUGAUAAGAGCAUAUGCACUUUGCAGAUAACUGACACCACAGGGAGCCAUCAGUUUCCAGCCAUGCAACGUCUGUCAAUUUCUAAGGGACAUGCUUUCAUUUUGGUUUACUCUAUCACCAGCCGACAGUCCUUGGAGGAACUCAAACCAAUCUAUGAACAAAUAUGCCAGAUUAAAGGAGACAUAGAAAGCAUUCCAAUAAUGCUGGUGGGGAACAAAAAUGAUGAGAGCCAAAAUAGAGAGGUGGACAGCAGUGAAGGAGAAGCCAUGGCUAAGAAGUGGAAAUGUGCCUUCAUGGAGACAUCUGCCAAGCUGAACCACAAUGUGAAGGAGUUGUUCCAAGAAUUGCUAAACCUAGAGAAACGCAGGACUGUGAGUCUACAAAUUGAUGGCAAAAAAAGCAAGCAGCAGAAAAGGAAAGAGAAACUGAAAGGCAAAUGUGUAGUAAUGUAAAACUGCACAGACACAAGUCAGUUGUGCAGUCUCACUCAUCUGACGAGACCCUUGUAAAACAUACAGACAACAAACAACCAUACAAGAUUUUCUUUAUCAGUAUUCUGGUUUAAAAUAAAUAUUUGGAACUUGACAAAACAAGUUACUGUGGUUACUUUAAAAAAAAAAAAAAGCCAUCAAUUUAAAAAUCAGAUACUGUAGCUAUCAGGAAAAAUAUUCAGGAAGUACAAACAAGAUGGGCCAGGAUAUCUGAUUCUGUAAUUCGCAGAAGAGAAAUAUCAUCCUUGGCAUAGAUUGGAAGAUUUGGAAAGUCAGGAUAAUACCAUUUACAUUUCCAUACAACUGCCAAAGAAGGCAAUGUGUAAUUUUAGAAGAAGAUCAAAGAAGCAGCUGUGAAGAAACCUAGAACAUAUAAAUGACUGCUGUGUGGUGUUAUUGCAUCCUUGGAGAAUACUGUGGACAAACAGUCCUGUUUAGUUUUCAUUAAUGACUGGUGGGGCAUUGUGUAGUCUUGACUCUGCCAAGAAAAUGAACUAUUUCACACUAAGAGGAAGUGUGGGAGUAGCACAGUUUUAAGGAAUAGAAAGAAAAGAUAUUCUUUCUGUCUCCUUUCAUGAGACUUCUUUCUAGAAAGUAUUUGAACUGAAGUAUGAGGAAGAGCCAGUCUCUGUAGGAGCGGUGGAGAUCAUUUCCAUUUCUGGACUCAUCACUUCAAGAACAACCUGUGCUUCUGGCUCAAAUAUAUUUCAGAAGAGCAGAUGGUUGCCUGUGGAGGUUGUUGAGUUGUACAAAAAUGCUGUGCAUAUACAAACAGAAGGGUUCCCCAUGGAGAACUGGAUAAGAAGUCCUCUAUGAAAGCCUCCGUGGGAAAGGCACGGUUCAAAUGCUACUGAUGAUUAAAUGAACACAUGGUAUGAUUGAUCAAUGAAUGAAAGUCUGUUGAACUGGAGAUAGCCUUGGAGAGGAAUCAGUGUAGUGUACAAAGUUUUUACUCAAAUUAGCAGAUUAGUUUAGUGAAACACCUUUGUAUUACUAUAUUCCAAUCAAAAGGGGAUUGCAAUCGUGCACUACUAGAUAUAUUGCCUUUAUAUUGCUUGAAGGGUUUUAUAUGUACCAUAUAAACUCAUUAUUUGAAAUUACCAUUUUUAGAACCAAAUCCUGUAGCUAGAGUUAUGGCCCAUGCAAGUCUGUGAGAGAAAAUUUACUGGGGUAGGUACUGCUGAAUUUGGCAGAUUAAGUGUUGCAGUCAGUACUGUGCUAUAAUGCAAUACAAAGUUCAAAGCAGAAAGAAAAAAGGAAAACAAAACUAAACAAACAAAAAAAAAGCUGUUUUAAACCACUCUGUCAGGUUGAUUCCAAAAUCUUUGGAAUAAAAAGUGUAUAAAAUGUUAGCUUUUGUUAGUUCUCCUUUUUGUUGUUGUUGUUUGGGUUUUUUUAGAAGCCAAUAUGAAUAUGUAAAGUAUGUAUUCUACUGAUAAGGAAGACCAUAAAGAUAGAUAGAAGCACAUCUCUUUUUUUUGUUUGUUUUAAAGACAUAUCAAAAUCAUAUAAGCCACAAUUUGCACCUUAGGAAUUGCUUUGAAAUAAUAAAAAACCCAAAUGACUCUGUUUCUGGUUACAUGUUUGCGUCAAAAUCAUACUUCAUGAAAGUGCAGUUAAAUACUAUUAAUGUGCAUGGUGUUGCAUUAUAAAUAUCUAAGAGCUGAAAAAUGAAGAAUUUGCAUUAAAAGUUGUCACCUUGUUCCUCUCAGUCAUUGCUUGCUUACAUUCCACCUUUCAAAGUGCAGACAUCUCACAGAUAGAGUGGUAGUAUACAUUUCUGUGAGCAAGAAUAGCUAUCACAGUAUCACAGUAUCAUCAGGGUUGGAAGAGACCUCAUAGAUCAUCAAGUCCAACCCUUUACCACAGAGCUCAAGGCUAGACCAUGGCACCAAGUGCCACGUCCAAUCUUGCCUUGAACAGCCCCAGGGACGGCGACUCCACCACCUCCCCGGGCAGCCCAUUCCAGUGCCCAAUGACUCUCUCAGUGAAGAACUUUCUCCUCACCUCCAGCCUAAAUUUCCCCUGGUGCAGCAAUAAGGUCACCCCUGAGCCUCCUCUUCUCCAGGCUAAACAAUCCCAGCUCCCUCAGCCUCUCCUCGUAGGGCUUGUGCUCAAGGCCUCUCCCCAGCCUCGUCGCCCUUCUCUGGACACGCUCAAGCAUCUCAAUGUCCUUCCUAGACUGGGGGGCCCAGAACUGAACACAGUACUCAAGGUGUGGUCUAACCAGUGCCGAGUACAGGGGCAGAAUGACCUCCCUGCUCCUGCUGACCACACCAUUCCUGAUGCAGGCCAGGAUGCCACUGGCUCUCUUGGCCACCUGGGCACACUGACAACUUGUCGUUCACUCAGAAUAAAUUCUGACACCAUUAAAAUAAUGUGUAAAACUGACUUUAAAGAAGACAUAAUUUUGUGUGUUUUACUUCAUUGCAUUAGGAGAGUUUAAGAAAGCAUGAAAACACCGCCCCUCCCCCCCAAAAAAACCCAAACAAACCCACCGCACUAUAGCCUUUCUUCAGCAAUACAUUUCUGGCUCUUACAAGAUGUUUUUUUAUUCUCCAUAAAUAUCAAAGCCCUUUAAAAAAAGGACAGUGUCAUUAUCUUAACUUCUCAGGUGAUGGAACUGAGGCACAAAGGGAGGAAGUAGGUAUAAGACAAGUGACAGACUCAGAACAGAACUAGAUCUUGGUCUCUUUAGUCUCAGUCCAGUGCUCACUCUACAUCUGGCCAGAUGGUCUCUGCACAUCCUAAGUAAUUUCUGAAACUCAUGAAGAAACCUUAUAUGGCAAAGUGCAUCUUGUCAAUCUGUCAGUAGACCACAGUAUUUCCAGAUCAGAUUUGCAAAACAUUUAAAAGUACUAUGUUUAGGAAGGCUGUUACAGAUGUUUAGACAUUUCCUCUGUAAACAAAGAGUUUUUGCUAGUUUUCACACUCAUUUUCACAGCAUUGGAUUCCACUGAUGAAACUGGAAAAUAAAUAGAAUGAUCAGACAUAAGGACCAGUGGUCAACAGUACAGAGGUCUCCUGCUGAUGCUACAAUGCAAGUGUCAAAGGUCAUCAUGCAUGGCACAUGCCUAAGCAUCCAUCAUGGAAUAGUGAUAGAAAUUCCGAGGGAAAAUGGCCAUAUAGAGUCCAAGACAUAGCAAAGAACUUUGCAGAAUUAGAAUGUGGGGAUCUGAAUUACUCAAAAAAAUAUGACUGCAAGGAUAUUGCAGGCUGAAAUUUGGCCCUGGCCUUUUUAAAAUGUACCCCAUAGCAAGAAAAGAGUAACUGUAUGGCAAAGAUGGACACAAAACAAGUAGCUGCUGGUUGUUAGGUUCGAGGACCAUUUUCUUUACUUCCCAGCUGAUUCCUCACCUUCUGUAUAAUAAACCAUGAAUUACAUCAUGGAUUUGCAUGUAUCAAAGCAAGAUCAGCACAGAAGCAAUAUUACUUGUGGACCAGAAACUCAAAAAAGAGCGUAUUUUAUACCCUUUCCUUGUCAUCCUAGUUUAUACUACUAGAACUUACCUAUCUUGUGUACUCGUGAGCUAGUUUAAAACAUUUGUUUUUGCUGUUGCUUACACAGUUUAUUUAUUCAUUUAUUUUUAAUACAGAGAAAAAAAAAGGUAAAUAAGGAGUAUAUAUAUAUAGCUUUAAUACACUUUGUGUUUUAUUUUGGAAUGUGGUACAAGUAUAAAAUGUACAGACAAAAUUGUUGCAUUUAACAUACAUAAGAAUUUCAGCACUCAGAAAAUAAGGUCUAGACAAAAUGGCUCUUUACCAAUGCAUGACUUUCACAUGUAUGUGUGAAAUAUCCGAAUAUAUAGAUACCAUGAAAAUGUAUUGUUGUGAUUUCAUCAGCAAGUAUUCUGUUCAAAAACUCUGGAUACAAAGUAAUUUGUACCCACAAGUUUCUCUGUUUCCAGUGAUGUUCUGAAACAUAAAAAUAAAGUUUUAAAUGGAAAGACAAGUUUAGAAGAA